UCACCUUGACACAAACAGCCGAAUGAAGUAGGCAGAGCGGGAAAAUUGCUGUUGAUAUUUUGUUCGUCCUUUGUGUGGUCGCGUGUAUUUGUACUUGGAAGAACCACAUCGCGCCACACUUGAAAUGAGCCUCAUUCUGGUGACCGGUAUGCCGGGAGUCGGCAAAACGACCAUAAUGCGUAAGCUAAGCGUUGAGCUGGCGAAGCAGAACGUCCCGGUGGCCGGAUUUUACACGGAAGAGGUGCGCGACGCGAAAUCCGGCGAACGAACCGGGUUCGAUGUGGUAACGUUCGACGGGCAACGAGCACCGCUUGCAAGAAUCUCAGCCGGCUGCACAACCACUACCCGGAAUCCUCCGACCGUUGGGCGUUAUGCGGUUUGUUUGGAAGAGUUCGAACGGCUCGCUAUUCCGGCGCUGGAUAGGCGAGGCACCGCGAUACUGCUGCUGGACGAGAUUGGACGAAUGGAGCUUAAAUCGCGCCGCUUCCAGGAGCGCAUGAACGCGAUCGUGAAGGAGGUGGAAAGCGGAAGCUUACGCUUCGUUGCUACUGUGCCGCUCAAAUCGGCAGGCAUCGACGUGAUUGAGCGCCUGAAGCGAAUUGCCAGCUGCCAGCUGUUCCACGUGAAACCAUCCAAUCGGGAUGAAAUGUACGGCGAUGUAAAGGACGCUUUGCUUCGUUUAAUUGCUUCCUGAUCCUUUUUUUUCAGUAAGGUGAGUCUGACGGUUCCGCUAUUUACGUGUAUUUCGUAUAAAUAAAAAAAAAAAACUUAAUCGUA